AAGUAUCAGCAUCAGCUUCAGAGUGUUGACAUGUCAUUUUUACUUUCUCGACGCUGCAUGAUAUUAUAUGUUUAAGCUAUUGAUUUCUGUCGGAGAAGAACAUAUGGUCUUUGUUUAGCUAGAGAUCAUAGCGACCUCCUGGCACCAUUAACAACAACCCGAAGUACAAGUAGAGAAGCAACACAGAAUAAGUACUUCGUCGAGUUCUUCAAAUUUAUAGUCUUUAUUUACGACAAAAGCUGCGACGAAAACAAAAACAAAGCGGCCAGUCAACCGGGGGAAGAAUAAACGAAAAUGGCGAACAGUAAAUCAGGGAACAAAAAGAAGCCAACGGGCAAAUCGUCCGUCGUCUCAGCGGGCGCCCCGGAAUCCACUCCCAGUCUUAUUGCAGGGAAAAAUCCCCCCUCCCCAUAUCAAAACGGAAAUUUGUGAUGCUGAUUUGUGGCCACAAAUCAGCUUUGUAUUGCAGAGAGGCAUUGCGGCCAGAUCCCCAGGCUAAGCAGGGGCGUAUGGGUCUAGUUGUUCAGCAUGGCAAGCGGCUCCCCUUUAGGCCCAACAGCAUGGCAAAUCGCUUCCAUAAUGGGGCGGAAGCUUCUGCCCUUGUCUUCUUGCAAGACAGAUGCGAUUAAUUUGUGACCUGAAAUCCGCAAUACAAAUUUUUGGAAACAUACCUUUUCAAUAUGGGGAGGGGGGAUUUUUCCUGUCAAUAAGUCUGAGUACCGCGGCAAACACGCCCGAGAAGGAACAAAGCAGUGAUAAGACUUCAUCCAAGAACUAUUCCACAAGAAAUUCUGGUGGUUGUUCCACCUUGCAUAAUAAAGUAACUGGAGAUCAUCAUGACAACAUCAACGAGACUGCUUCAUCCAGAACUGGCGAAGUGAAGACUCCGCAAGAAGCACCGCUUGGCAAGACCAGUACAACUUCAACAGCGGGCGAGGACAGCAGCAAAAGAAAUUCAACCAAUAAUUUGACCCCAACAAACGUGAGCAAACUGCCGCAGCAUCAACAGCAAGAGCACCAACAGCAAAUCCAGAACUUAAACAUGGAUCUCAUCCGGAGGCAGCUCCUGAACCGGUUCCUGCUGCAGCACGAGAAUGCGACGAAAGACCACGAUUGGAUGGAGCAGUGUCAGAAGUUCGCGAAAAUGAACAUGAAAGGCAUUUUGGACGAGAUCGUCACCGACGCAGUCAACGGAGAGUGGGCCAGCUUCGCACUCUUCUACCAGAACCAGAACCUCACGCAGGGGGUAUGGAUACCAUACUGCUUUUUUAACUUCGCGUCCUUGAAGUAGAUCUGGGCAUCCAGUUUAUCCACGACCUCUAUACACAAACAAAAAUAACUCGCUCUUGAUGUAUAGAUGAGUAAAUUCUUCUGAAAAUGAUGAAGAUGAUCCUCGUUGUUCCUACAACUUGAUGAAGUCAAUUUUUCAACCGUGAAGAAGAUUCGAAAAAAACCGUCAAAUGACCCAGGUGAAGAUGCUCCCCCAGCCCGAGCACAUCCACAGCCUGAUGCUCCAAGACGCGGAGAAGCGGUACCAAUUGUGGCGGGAGCUGAUGAUCAAGUCCAUCCUGAAAGACGACAGCACGGGCACGGAAGAGAUGAUCGCGCAGAAGCGGGUCGAUAAGUUUCAGAAGAUCGACAAGCUCGCCAACUUUUCCGACGUCUUCAGCGAAGACGGCCAGGAAAUGAAAAAGCAUUUCUACUACGACCGCGAGGACGAACGACACUGCUUUGUGAUGAACGGAAAGUACUACGGCGGCGACUUGCACGACACCUUCGAAGUGAAGGAGAUCCCGGGGAAGGGGUUUGGAGUGUUGGCGAAACGCGACUUGGAAAUCGGACAACUGAUCCUGGAAGAAUUCCCGAUUUUGGAGGCGACCAAGCGCAAAAUCGCGGAGCUGGCGAUCAAGAAGCGGGAAAAAGUGGACGCGUUUGAUUACUUCUUUGAAGAAUUCCGGAACCUACCGGAGAAGGCGCAGAAGGCGAUUUUGGAUUUACAGGGACAAGACCUCGGGCGGGAGACGAGCGACUCCGGAGGUGGGUAUACAACAACCGAAGAGGAAGAGGAGGAGGAGGAUCAAAUAACAUCUUCUUCUAAAAAUGUUGUAGAGAAUCAGGCUGUGCCAUUAUCGUCAAGAAAUAAAGCUGCGGUAGAUGAUCCGCAACGGAGGAAGAAACUGGUCCAGGAGAAAAAGCAACUGCGAAAAUUGCAGCGGCAGCGGCUGCGAGUCCGCGAUAUUGCGAAGACGAACACGAUCGAGCAGGCCGGGCGGCGGCGCCUCUUUCUGACCCUGUCUCGCUUCAACCACAGCUGCGCGCCCAACUGCGGCUGGGAGCAGGUGGACGAGAGUUUACUGCCGCAGAAUUGCUGUAACAAAGAGAAGCAGAAGACCAUGCACGAGAAACAAGGCAAGGACCUCCAGCCGCUGGCGCUGCAAGAACCCGCAGAGUACUACUGCUUCGCCCGCGUGCGAGCGACGAAAAAGAUCCGGAAAGGUGAAGAAUUAACCUUCCCCUACAUCGCCCUCUUCCCGGGCGCCGACGAACGGCGCGCGCAGCUGCGCCGAAAUUGGGGCUUUUGGUGCACCUGCCCGGCCUGUGAGGCAGAAGAGGACGCGGCAGAGGCGGUAAAGAGAGGAAUAAAGAUGUCUGCUAGUAGCUCUUCGUCUGCUGGGAGGCCGGGUACUAAAAAUAACACGACGCAAGAGGAAAGCGACCCCGAUGAAAUGGAGAACAGCAUGUCCUCGUCUGUAACUUGCACCCCCUUCGCCACAAUAAACAAACCACGCGCCCUUUUGCACGCCUGUGAGCAGUGGGCGACAAAAAAGUCUAUGUUUGCGAACCAGCAGGACGAGCGGAGCAAACUCAAACUCCCGGAGCAGCACGUAUUCGAAGUAAAAAUUUGCAGCUGCGCACGUAAAACUAAAGAAUGCGACUUUGCAUGACGAAAGAGCACGCGCGGGCUAUUGCUAUUCCGCAGAUGAACAGGUUCCUUCCUCCAACAGCUUAAGUUGGCUACCUAAACACCGAAGAGAAGAUCUGCCUCGCAUAGUUAUCUACGUCGUGCGCGGCUGCAAAUUUGUGUUGCAUAGCACGCGAAAGGGUACCACAAAAUCUUGGAGCGGGUGCACAAGGAGGACCCGAGCGCUGUUAGCGCCAUGCAAUCCGUUCUGGAGGCCUAUUACAUGCUGGAGAACGUGAUCGGCAACAACAAAAAGCAAGACUGCACGGACCUAUCUGCUGCGUCGCUAUUACUUACGGACAACUGCAACGAGGACCGGGAACUGCGCCAGCAACUGCUGCUCCAGCACCAUUAUGCACGGCAAAAGCAACAUCAUACUCGCUAAUAUCAAAAUAUAUGGAUGUUGGCAGACGAUCUUCUAGUUUUUCUUGCCUGAAUUAUCUGCAUGACGAAUUUCGGAUCUCCCCCUGGAAUUUUCUUUUUUCAUGCAAUACUGUAGUAUGAUACAGUAAUUACCAAUUAAUACGGUAGUACGAACGAUCAUGAACAUCAUGAUGAGAAGAUAACUUAUGCCGUGCAUAACCAGAAUAGCAUCCUGUUUCUCCGUCAUUUGGACUUCACCAACAAUUUGAACUACUUCCCCUUGGUGUUACAGUACAAGUUUUGGUCAAAUAUGGUGGAAAGCUGGAUGCAGAUCCGGAUUUUGCGCCAUGAGAAGGACACGAUGGCGAAAAUGCAGGCAUUUGUGCAACAGAGACGGGAGUCGCCGAUUGAGUUCCUGAAGAUUCAGAUCGCGGACUUGAGCGCAGAAAACAACACGCCAGAGCACACCAUGUUCCGGUGCGGGAUUUUGCUCCUGGCUUUGCAGUACAGGGCAGCGUACUUCGCGUUCGGGCCGUUUUCCAAGCCCACCAAGGAGGCAAAGGAGUUCUACGACCAGAUUCAGGCGCUCCGGAGCUUGCGCCACCGGGUCUUGUGUGCAACGGAGAAUUUGGAAGCGGUGCCGUGGAAGAAAGAAAAGCCGGGCAAAAACAACAAGGAGAACAAACAGAUUACGGUAGAACAGAUGCUGCGGCACGUGCAAGAGAUCAAUAACGCUGAGACAGAAGACGCUGCGGCCGCAAAAGUUAAUCAGAAGUGCAAGUCCGCUGGGACCACGGAAGCGGCGGCCUCCGGCGGGGCAGGAGCGAACUCCAAAAAAAACAAAAGGAAGAACAAGAAGAAGUGAGCCUGAAUUUCUUUCAAGUAGAAAGUGCGCCAAUGUUUGCGUCUUCCUUUACUUCCAAGAUGAAUGGAGCGAAAGACAACGCUAUUGAAACGCAACGAAGUGCAUUUUGGAGACCGGUGGCCCAACAUUUUUUACGCUAAACAUUUUUUUCAACCCGCUGUGAUUUGUGAGAAGCAGGAGAUCAUUUCUUCUGAUUGCUCAUUGCAAGAAACAGAAC